GAAGUAUUUUAGAGUGACACAACUGUCAAGCAUCAUGGUUAUCUCUGCAAUGAGGCAUCCUUUCCUGAGGAGCAGCCAAGUCUGUGGCAGCUGGACAAGACUAACCAGAAAACCAGCUGCACGUCAUAAUGAUGCAAAACCUCUGUGAGACUAUUAUCUGCAGUGACAUAUACUCCAAGGAUGUGGCAGAGACAGACCAGCAACUGUGUUUACACUGAGAUGGACUUCAACCAGGAGGAGAUCAUGGAGAAGCUGCAGGUCUUCCCUGGAGGCUCUAUUGAUCUUUCCAAACAGGACUCUGGCAUUGCUGUUCUCACCAUCAACAACCCUUCCCGCAUGAAUGCCUUUUCUGGCACUAUGAUGGUGGAGCUGGAAGAGAAGGUGACCCAACUGGAGCAGUGGGCAGAUGGAAAAGGGCUCAUAGUCCAGGGUGCUGCUGGUACCUUUUGCUCUGGAUCCGACCUUAAUGCUGUGAAAGCAAUAUCCAACCCCCAAGAUGGCAUGAAGAUGUGCAUGUUUAUGCAGAACACUCUCACAAGACUACUCAGACUGUCUCUGAUCUCUGUCGCUCUUGUGGAGGGGAGAGCCCUUGGAGGAGGAGCAGAACUCACUACUGCUUGUGAUUUCAGGUUGAUGGCACCUGGCAGUGUGAUCCAGUUUGUCCAUAAACACAUGGGUCUCGUUCCAGGCUGGGGUGGAGCUGCUCGACUAAUCCAACUUGUUGGUAGCCAAAAUUCCCUGAAGCUGCUUGGCAGCGCUUCAAAAGUAGACUCUGAAUUUGGCCUCCAGAUUAGACUGGCAGAUGGAGUUCUUGAGGACCCUCUGGUAGAAGAAAGUGCAGGGACUCUCCUGCAGCAAGCUGAAAACUGGCUCAGUAAUUGCACCAAAGGGCCACCAGCAGUGAUCCAGGCAGUGAAGAAGGUAGUGCUGUCAGGGAGAGAGCUCCCUCUAGUGGAGGCACUAAGAACUGAGAAGGACGUACUUGGGACGGUGUGGGGUGGUCCAGAUCACCUUCAAGCACUAGCAAGCAAGUCCAAAUACAAAUGAGUACACCUGGGGUUCAAAGCAUCAUAGUUAUGCUCUUAUUUACUGUUGUGUUUAAUUUCCUGUAUGGGUAAAACCAGUCAGCGAAGAGGA